ACGACUGCCACACUUUUACACGCCACCUUUCGGGAUCUCAUCACUAGUUCAAACAACACUACAUCUUCCUCACUUUAUUUUCUGAAUCCCAUCUGUGCUUUUUUUAUUUGAUUUUUGCUUAUAGCUGACACUGAAUCUGGAAUGAUCUGGAAGUUUUAUGGAUUUCCGUGGGAUCCAGUUUGUCUGACUCUCUUAGAUAUUAUCUGCAUUCUUGGGGGUGCCUUCGACUUUUCCAACGAUCCUAUCUUUGGCUGUCUGUUGUCUGUAGUCCCGUAGACGUGUCUUAAUUUCUGAAAGACUUUUAUCACUUCUAGAAUCAAGGAGAUUCUAUAAGUUUGUUUGGACAUUUGAGAAAGUUUAACUUGUGUGCAACAAGAUGGCCAACACUUCUUCCUGGAGCUCCAGACCCCUUCAACUGUUCCUUUGCCUUGAAGACUCUCUAGGAAUUAGGCUGCCUUUGUCUCUACUCUAUUUGUUGUUGGCUAUCUCUGGAACUUUAUCCAACUUCAUGGUUAUUUAUAUGGUCUUCACUUCCAGAAAGCUGCGUAUCACCAGCAAUGCUUUCAUUGUGAAUGGUUGUAUCGCUGACUUGAGUGUGUGUGGUUUUUGGAUGCCACAAGAAGUAAUGCAGGGAUUGCUAACUUCUGGUUCCCCUACAGCUCAUUCAGGAAGUUACCGCUUAUUUCAAGUUAGUCUUGUUGCUCUUGGGCUGGUUGUUUCAUUACUUUCCCACCUCUUGGUGGCCCUCAACCGGUACAUGCUUAUUACCAAACCACACAUCGUAUACCAGGCUGUUUAUCAGAGGAAGCAUACUACUUGGAUGAUAUGUUUGACCUGGAUAUUUGCUCUUCUCCUUGCCUUGGUCCCACCAGGACUGGAAACCUGGCAACCGAUCCAGCAAGAGUCAAAAAAUGCCACCAGUAACAAUAGCUCUAACUAUGCAAGUCUUGGAGUAGCCCUUGCUGUUCUCAGCCAUACAGUCCUCCUGCUCCAUUGCUACAUGAGGAUCGUGAAGCAUGUUCAAGGCAGUGUCAAACGGGUCAGUGUCCUUGAUUUCCAUCUGCUGCAACAGCUGCCCUUUCUCCAUACUUCUGGCCAAGCUCCCCGUCGGCCCCAGCGCCAUUUGAGCAUCAUCUCUGUGUUGCUCCUGUGUCUGACAUUCCUCCUGGCAACCCAACCGUUGAUGUGGGUAAGCCUCCUGAGCUUUUUCUUUCAGCCUGCCCCCCGGGGGCUGCAGUUAUCCAGCUGGCUCCUUCUCUGUUCUCUCUCUGCCUUCAACCCACUGCUCUAUACUUGGAAGAAUGAAGAAUUCCGGCGUUGCUUGCGCCUAAUACUACAUGGAAGAGAAAGCAUAACUGUAGCAGUAGCUGCAGUAGAAGCCUCUACAACUCUUCCAACAGUUUCUCCUCCAACCUGA